AUGUCAAAUGAUGAAGAAAGGUUAGUUGUAGAUUUAUUUAGAGGAUAUAAUCACUUAAUACGACCUGUACCUAAUACUUCAACUGAAGCACUAGAAGUAUCAUUCUCAUUAGCAAUGGUUUUAUUAAUUAAUGUUGAUGAAAAAAAUCAAGUUAUGCAUACAAAUGUAUGGCUUACUAUUGAAUGGACUGAUUAUCAAAUGCGAUGGGAUCCAAGAAAUUAUGGUGAGAUACAGACAAUUAGAAUGUCACCAGAUAGAAUGUGGUUACCAGAUAUUGUAUUAUUUAAUAAUGCUGAUGGAAAUUAUGAAGUAUCUUUUUAUUCAAAUGUUGUUGUUUCACAUACAGGAAAAAUGCUUUGGGUACCACCAGCUAUAUAUAAAAGUAGUUGUACUAUUGAUGUUGAGUAUUUUCCUAUGGAUCAACAAAUAUGCCAUCUUAUAUUUGGUUCAUGGACAUAUAAUGAAAAUGAAGUUGUAAUUAAUUAUAAAGAUGGUAGUAAAAUGGUUGAUUUAAAUGACUAUAGUCCUAGUGGUAUAUGGGAUGUUAUGGAUGUACCAGGAGAAUUAAUACAUAAAAAAAGUAAAAUAGCUUAUCAAAUAAUUAUAAGGAGAAAAGCAUUAUUUUAUACUGUUAUUCUUAUUAUUCCAACAAUUUUAAUGGCCUUUUUAUCAAUAUUAGUAUUUUAUUUACCAGCUGAAGCAAGUGAAAAAAUAACAUUAGCUAUCUCAAUCCUUCUUGCUUUAGUUGUCUUUUUAUUAUUAGUAUCAAAAAUAUUACCACCAACAUCAUCAACAAUACCAUUAAUGGCAAAAUAUUUAUUGUUAACUUUUAUAAUGAAUAUUAUGACAAUCUUAGCAACUGCUGUUAUAAUAAAUAUCUAUUUUCGUGGUCCAACAACACAUACAAUGCCAUUAUGGGUUAAAAUAGUUUUUCUCAAGUAUUUACCAUUAUUUUUAAUGAUGACUAAACCUGAAAAAGAUGUCAUUAUCAAUUUAUCAAAUAAAAAAAAAAGACAAAAAACUAUUGAUAUUAAAUUAAUGGGAAAAAAUUCAAUUACAAGAAAAUUUCUUUUUAAAAAAAAUACACCAUUUAAAGGUAAAUAUUUUUCUGGUAAUGAAUGUAUUGAUACUUAUACACCUGGAGAAUUUAUUGAAAUGUCCUCAACACGAAUACAUCAUCCCCCAACACCAACAAGAAAGGUUAAAAAUGAAAAAAAUGUUAAAGAAAAAAAAGGUGGAUAUCAUAAUUUAUCAAAAAAACCUAUUUUUGGUGGAUAUUUUGAGAAAGGAAAUGAUGAGAUGAUAAUUAAUAAAGAAACAUAUCUUGCACCAUCACCUACACCAUCAAAAAUAACAUCAUCCUCACAGGAUGAUGAUGAUGAUUCAAUUUUUAGGUGUCAAUCUGCAAAUCCUAUCAAAAGAAAUGAUGAGGAGGAUGAGCAAAAAGUUAGGAUGCGUUGUGAAAGUGAAGAUAUUCAAUCAAUGUUGAGUGAAGAAGCACUAAAAGCAAUGACAGCAGUUGAAUAUAUAACGGAGCACUUGAAACAAGAUAACCAAUAUAAAAAAAUACGUGAAGAAUGGAAAUAUGUAUCAAUGGUUAUAGAUCGAAUACUUCUUUAUGUCUUUUUUUCUGUAACACUAGGAGGAACAAUUGGAAUAUUAUUUAGUGCACCAAAUAUUUUUGAUAAUGUAAAUCAAGCAGAUAUAAUCGAAAGAUUAAAAGCUCAAGCUGAGGCUGAAAAACUGGUUAAUUAA